GACUUGCUACAUAUGCAUCCGUGGUGCUCUCUGAACCACGGACCCGUUGCUCCAUUUUGACGGCCAUUCGCUAUAUAUCCGGGUCGCCGGGCACGCCAUACAUUCGCUGCUUCAGGCGACGCCUCUGAUCCGAUCGGAGCAGUCCAUGGACCUCCGGCAGCACACCAUCCAGCUCAGUGCGACUCAUGGCGCAGCGGCGUCGCAGCCGGGCGAUGGCGGCGCGAUGAGCUCCGAGCUGUACCUCGCCGUGUGCGGGGGGAAGAAGGAGGAGGCCAUGGCGUUGCUUCGGCGACCGCACUACGGCGGCGCUCCUGCCGAUGAUCGGGCUGCUGGCAUACACCAGGUGAGCGCAAAGAGGAACAACGUUCUUCACUUAGCCGCGGAGCACGGGCACGACGAGCUGAUCCACGAUCUCGUCAGCUUCGGGGGCAAGAGCUUGCUCUCUGCACAGAACUCUGCUCUCGACACGCCUCUGCACUGCGCGGCGAGGGCGGGGCACUGCAAGGCCGUGUCCGUCCUCGUCCAGCUCGCGAUGGACUACGGAGACGAGAGCACGCUGUGGUGCAAGAACGCGGCUGGGGACACGGCCCUUCAUCUGGCAGCGAGGCUCGGCCAUGGCGUGGCGGUGGAGGCCAUGGUCUCCGCGGCGUCCGGGCUGGCGUCCGAGGUCAACGACGCCGGCGUGUCGCCGCUGUACUUGGCGGUGAUGAGCAGGUCGGUGCCCGCCGUCAGAGCGAUAACGACGAACUGCAGGGACGCGUCGGCUGCCGGCCCGAGCUCGCAGAAUGCGCUGCAUGCCGCCGUCUUCCAGGGCUCAGAAAUGGUUAGCCUGCUCCUGGAGUGGAAGCCACGCGGCCCAUCCCUGGCUAGCCAAGCGGACGACACGGGCAGCACCCCGCUCCAUUUCGCCUCCUCCGACGGCGACCGCUCCGUCGUAGGUGCCAUCCUGAGCGCGUCGCCGCCGUGCGCGGUGCGCGUGAGGGACUCUGCCGGCCUCUCUGCUCUCCACGUCGCGGCCGGGAUGGGCCACGCCCGCGUCGCCAGGGCGCUGAUAGAGGCCUGCCCGGACGCUACCGAGCUCCAGGACGACCGCGGCGGAACCUUCGUGCACGCCGCGGCCAUGGGAGGCCACUCUGAGGUCGUGCGGCUCGCCAUCAAGAAGCCCAUGCUGGGCGGCGGCGGCCUCCUGAACACGCAGGACGGGGACGGCAACACGCCUCUCCACCUGGCGGUGGCCGCGCGGGAGCCGGCCAUCGCGGAGGCCCUGCUGUGGACGGGCCAGGUGCGAGCCGAGGUGACGAACAACGACGGCCACACGCCGCUGGACCUCGCCGCGAAAUCGACUGAUUUCUACUCCAUGGUGAGCCUGGUGGUGACACUGACGGCAUUCGGGGCGCAGUUCCGUCCGCAGAGGCGGGACCACGUGCAGCGAUGGGACAGCCGCAACAUAACAAAGGCGAUAGAGAAGACGUCCGACAGCCUCGCGGUGGUCGCCGUCCUCGUCGCCGGCGUCGCCUUCACCGCCGCCAACAACCUGCCCGGAUCGUACGAGCAGGAGGGGAACACAAAAGGGAUGGCGGUCCUCCGGAGGAUGACCAUCUUCAAAUGCUUCCUCAUCCUGGACAGCGUCGCCCUGGUGACCUCCAUUCUCGCGGUGGUCCUGCUCGUCUACGGCAAGGCCUCGCGCUCCGCCCGGUCGUGGAAAAGCUUCGCGGCGGCACUGCAUUGCAUAUGGAUGUCCCUGAUCAGCAUGCUCCUGGCAUUCUACGCGGCGAUAGCAGCCGUGACGAGCGCCCUGGGGGUCUACGACAUCAGGGUCUUCGUCGUGAAUCUCGUCCUUGUCGUGCUCUUCAUCGUGCUCUCCGCCUUUGUCAGCCCUCCGGUGUCGCACCUCAUAAUGUGCAAGUUCCUGUGGCAAUGCGGUUUCAGAGGACGCCAAGGUGGUGUCGUCCGCAGGCGUAUCAGCCAACAAUAUCCAGUGGUGGGCGCUUUUGUAUUCAACCUGCUUUUAUUCAGAGCUGCGCAUUAUGUUAUACUGUUCGCUGGCUUUAUCAUUGUCUCGACCCUGCGUGGCGGCUCCGAUGUUACUUAGAGCAUGGUUAAUAGUAUAGCAAGUUGUUGGCUAUAUGUUAUUGACAUAUUAUUUAUAGUUAAUUUUAUAGUCAGCAUGUAUAGUGUAGUCAGUUAUAAAUAGAUAUCACUUUGUUAA